GCGCCGUGCUCUCCCUUUGGUACUGCGGAGUUGCUGAAGGUGAAUUAAAGGUCAAUUCUGGGGUGUUAACUCUUCCCUUUCUAUCUCUGCGGGUUUCACUGGGCGAACCGCUUAGAAAAUAUCGCGAGAGAAUGUCCGAGUCCCAUUCAUAAUCCGGAACUUGGGGAGGAGGAGAAGAAACGGAGAGAGCGAGAGAGGAGAAACGAAGCUUCGGGCGUUCUCGCGAGAGCAGCGGCGCCGAGAGCUGUCGGGGCGGGGGGCGGAACGGGGUGUCCUGGGAGCACGUGGGUUGCGCUCCAAGUUUGUCCGCGCGCGUCUCUGCGGCCAUGGAGGGAGCGAAGGCUGCUCCGGCUAAGGCGGCUCCGGCUCAGCCGGCCGACGGAGAAGCCGGGUCCGAGUGGAGCAUCCCGCCCAACGCGCCCGCCUGCAUGGAGCGGCACCUGGACGGGGCCCACUACCGGGCAGGUAGGCGCCGGUCGCGAGCUGCCCCCGCCGCGCUGGGGACCCGCGUCCUCCAGGCAUCCUGAGCUCGGCGCCCGCCCCAUUGCUGCCGUGUCAGCCGGCGCCCCCACCGGGCGGGAGCCGGGCAUCCCUUGGAGGCUCCUUUCCCCGCUCGUGGCCCCGCGUGGAGUUCGGGACGCCUCCCCGGUUAAAGCCCUUUUGUGCCUAGUCUGCAGUCGAUUUUAAAACGCGCGACCCAGGUUGGAAAGUGAUGUGACUUUGCAAGGCUGCAACCUCAAAUUUAUUUUAUUGCAACUGUGUCCCAAAACGCUCACCUACAGUGGGUCACUUCGAAAGUGGAGCAUUGCUUAUGCUCGAGCUGUGAAGCAUGGCUCUUUCCUUUAUGUGUCGAUGUCAGUGUUAGCAGUAGCUACACUUUCUAGGUUCAGGGGAGCAUUUCUUUAAGGGGAUUGAGCUCUCUUAUUGAAAAAUCAGGUUCAGGAGCUUAGUACAAUGAGCUUUAUCUGGAUUUCUGUUUCUUUCCCUGUGCACUGAUGCUCAAUGACUAUUCAGUGCACUCUAGAAAAAACUUCACACUAGUCCACCAUGCCAGAUUUGUUCCAGCUGCUGUCCUCAAAAACCCUAGUAGAGUCAGUUACAGGUUUUUUAAAAAAGAAAUGGGACUACAUAAUUUGCCUUCAUGUAAAGGCUUUGUUUCAGCUAUUUAUUAAGUGGCAUUUUUGGAUGUUGUCAAUAGGAUUUUUUUUUGUCAAGAUGUUUUUCCAUAACAGUCUGGAUUCUAGGGUGGGCUCCGAGCAGAGCUUGACCUUCGGUUGUGUUAGGCCUUGCCUGUUUUUCUGGUGAAUUGUGAUUCCUUUGCAAAGGGAUUGUGUUAUGUUGGGAGUUUUGAAUAGCAACAAGAUCAACUUUGGCAUUCAAUAAUUAAUCAGUGGUAGCAUUUCUCUCUAUGCUAAAUUUAGGUGAUCCACAUACUGCAAAUAUAUCAUUGUAGCUUAACUCUGUUUAUUUUCCAGAUGGUUCUUUGCUCCUGGGAGCUUCCAGUUUGAGUGGACGUUGCUGGGUGGGUUCUAUUUGGGUGUUCAAGGACCCAUCAAAAGCUCCUAAUGAAGGCUUUUGCUCUGCGGGAGUUCAGACUGAAGCAGGAAUAGCAGAUCUGAAAUGGGUUGCUGAUAAAGGCAUCUUGGUAGCUUCAGAUUCAGGUGAGCAUCAGGGAAGUGUGUCUCCUGGAACCUCUUAGUGGCUUAUAAAUUACGGCCAAGAUCGCAUAAGGAUGAAGCUAUGCUUCCUUUCUGAAGUGGUUCUCAAUGCUAAAGAGAAUUUUUAAACCAAAAAGUGACGUGUCUCUUUAUGACUGCCUUCCAGUUCUUUUGGACUGUAAUUCUUAUCAUGGUAACUUGGUUGGCUGCUUCCAAGAACAUUCAUCUGGAAAUCCAGGAUUUUCUACAAUCACUCUUUUGUAGCAAUCAAAUAAUUUGACGCGAGAUCUUUGAAGAGAUUGAGGCCUGGAACAAGCACUAUCAUUGCAGGAUAAAAAGUGCACUCCAAAUUGCUAUAAGAUAUGUGGGUUGGAUCCUAAGGUCUUGUGAGUAGCAUUAACUCAUGGACCAGCCAUUCCUGAUGCCCGGUAGUGGAAGAAGUAGAGUCUAUUUUGCCUAUUUCCCCCCUUCAAAUCAUCUACUAAUGGAAUAGCAUGGGAGGAGCUGGUGGGGGGAAAUGGAAAGCAGUCAAUAUUGCUUCUCUUCCUUUUCCAUGAAUGGAAGUUUCUGCUUCUUGUGCCUGAAAGGACACUCCUGGAUCCAACCCUGUCAUUUUAGCUUUACUUUUAACUAGGUGUGACAUUUUAAAGCAGAGUUCCCUGCUUUGGGGCUACUAAAGUAGUUGGGUGGGAUUUUGUUUCUGGUGUAGAAAACGUCAUCUUUGGUUUACCAAUAACGUUAAGUAAUGGAGGCCACCACUUACCUACUAAGUAUGUAGGGCUUUCAUUAGGUAUUCUGCUGCUGACUUUGAUUCUCAUUUUGUUUAGGUGCCGUGGAACUUUGGGAACUAGAUGAGAAUGAAACUCUGAUCGUGAACAAAUUCUGUAAGUACGAGCACGACGACAUUGUGACAACAGUGAGUGUCCUUGCCAACAACACACAGGCCGUCAGUGGCAGCAAAGACUUCAGGUGAUCCCUUUGUGGUGCUGCUUUUCUGCUUUACUGUAAAAGUAUCUGUUCUAGCUUUUAACCUGCUCUGGAUUUUAUGUCUAGUGUGAAGAUAUGGGACAUCCCUCAACAAACAGUACUCGACACCUACAGAGGUGAGUGCUAAGCUUGAUUUAUUUCUUUAUUUUUAUUACUUUAUCCUGCCCUUCCUCCCGAGCAGAUCUUGUAUGUGAUCCAACCAUUCCCCCAGUUUUAUAGCCACAAGGUGUCAGGCUGUAUGAGAACGUGGGUAGCCCUGUGGCUGACAUAAUGAGCUUUAUGACUGAGCAGCAGAGAACAAUCUGAAUCUCUUCAACACCCCCCCAACCGCCUUCCACAGUGUUGAAGGAAACACUGUGGCUUCUGUAUGUCUUAUCCAUGUUGCAUGUUCUCUCCAACAUGCUUCAAGAGACCAAAUGCAGUGUAGAGCUUCCAUGGGUAUGUUUUCAAGCUGUUAGUGUCCCAAAUUAUCACAAUACUGCUGAAUGCUAGAUGAAAGCAAAACAGCAGGGGGAGGGUGUAAGAGACAGACUUAUAAUCUUAUCUGAUGAACAACACAGGCAUUGCAAACAAUUUUUCAGCAGGUGGUAUUUGAUAAAAUAAAAUGGCACGCCUUUGCUCCCUCUUGUGUGGGAUGAUUUGAUGCUGUUUAGUCAUUGAUCUUUGCGGGAUCACUUUCCAUUCUACAGAUAACCGAAGAAGAGUCAUUUAAUACUACUUAGUUCCUUUGGGUUUUUUAGGGUGAAUCAAAUUGGCUAAAGAAGUUCACAUUCCCAGAGCUUAAAUCUUGGGCAGUGUAAUUUGGGGAGAAGCAGCAAGGUGAUCUCUUUAGAGAUUUGUAUAAUAUAGUUAUUGCUCUUGCAGGAACACAAACCCACACCUAAAUUAACCCAGUGAUUCCAGCAGAAUAUAUCUGAUCUAAGAGUUUCACAGUAAAAUUUGCAACAGCAACUAAGCAACCAGAACCCCAUUUUUUGUAACUGGCUUUGCACACACCAGCAUUUUUCAUUUGAUCUAUUAUUCCAAGUUAGCCUUCUGACCUCCUGAAGGCCUCUUGAGAUGUUGCUUUGGGAGCCAUGUGAUGCUAAUUGUGACUCUUUGAUUCACACACUAGCCAUUAGUCCUAUCUUAUUUCCGCCCCCCCCCAAGCAAAGUUGUCAAUUUUAACAUGCUGCCUGUGGGUGAAUGGCUCCUUCUCUUCCAUUCAUGUGCAGUAAUGCCUUCUACUCACAAUGCAUCCAGCCUUGAAUCACCACCUAGACAAGCCCAUAUUAAUGUAGUAUAUUGUGUGCUUUUUGUUUAAUUUUGGCCAGCUCAUUCCAGUCCAGUGACAUGUGUGGCCUCUUGCCCUGGAAAAGACACCGUGUUCCUGUCCUGUGCAGAGGUAAAACCAACUUUUGUUUCUAGAACUUUGUAGAUUCAAAUUUAGCCUAUAGGUGAAAUGAUUUGGAUAUCUUUGAUAUUGUCAAUAUGAGCAGAAAGCUAAUGGAAUUACACAGUAUUGAGAGAGAGAGAUAGGCCUGACAAAACUGAGAAAGUUCCUAUUUUGGUUGGAAACGGUGGUCCAUACUUUCCCGCUACAAUGAUAAUUCUGCUUUUAAGGCUUAUUUUAUCUCAUUAUUUUUUAGGAUGGCAGGAUUUUACUCUGGGAUACCAGAUCACCAAAACCAGCAACUCGGAUUGGUAUGUUUUUGGGCGUUAGAUUAUGUCUGCAUUUCCUGUGGUUUAAGAAUAAUAUUUUAUUCAGAGUCUUGUUGCCCAGAAGAAAGUUAAGUGUGAAUUAAGGAAUAUUCUAAUAAUAAUAAUUUUAUUGAGUGGCAUUCAACUAAGCUUUCCUCAGAAUAGACCUACUUAAAUUUUAAAAAAACUUGACUUAGUGAGAUCCAUUAAUUUCUGAGGUAUGUUCUGAGAGUUUGCACACUCCUUUCACAGUUCCCUUUAUCCCCAGUUUACACUAACUACAGUUAGGACUAAGAGUUGUAUUCGGUGUAGCACUAAGCAAAUGGUUUAGUCACUGCAAAGAUUUCUUCCAGUUCUUUGGAAUGGUCCCCCUCUCCCUCUGCAUGCCCCCUAAGUCUGUUCUGGGAUUUCCCCCCAACUCUCUGAGCAAAUUUGGGGAUGAUGCAGUUGUGGAAGUCUCAUUGUGCUUGUGGUACUUUUUAUGCAAGCAGAAUUAUAUGGUUGAAUACUGCCGGAGCUCAAAAUCAUACUUUGCAGACAUACUUCUAUUACAGAAUUCCAUAAAUAUUGAGCUGUCUGGUAUUGGUGGGAAGAGCAGUUUCUGUUUUUCCUUUCUAUCCCUACCCUUUUAAGUCCAACCCUACAGUCUGUCAGCUAUUUUAGAGAACUUUGAGACUGACCAGAAUUUCCCUUUUUUUCCUUCCCCAUGUAGCCUGCAGUGCCUUUAGUAACCUCCCUACCUCCCUGGUGUGGCAUCCACACCGAACGGACACUUUUGUAUUGGGUAAGGAGUAUUUAUAGAUGCUUGUUUUACAGAUGGGGCAAGAAAAUGCUUGUAUCUCUAAUAAUGUUGCUCUCCAUUACUGUUUUGAAGGUGACGAAAGUGGGACUGUUGUCCUUGUGGACACAAAGAACACAGACUCUGCCCUAAGCUCACCUGUGCACUCCCGAAGCGUCACCGGAUUUGCUUUUUCUGCACAUAGGUAUGAUCUGCAAUAUCAGUUUCUAGAUACAUGCAUUGGUUUCCUGACCAGAGGCAGGGAAGUGAAUAGACAUCAUUGUUUCCUGAUUGGCAGCUCUGUAAAUUCUUGAAAUGCUUGUUCACAUCAACAGGACCUAGGGAAAGGUCAAAUUUUCCUAGUGAAUGCAUUUUUAUUUUGCUUGGCAAAUUGGAGCUAAAAAAAUAAAUGUGUAAACAUAAACUUUUCAUUUUUCCUUUAGCUCACCCCUGUUGGCUUCCAUCAGUGAAGACUGCUCAGUAGUUGUUCUUGACUCGAGCUUCUCAGAAGUGUGAGUACAAGACCGUUCCAUCGAUCCCUGCCCUGCUCUCCUCUCAGUAUCCCCCUCCUGGGCUCAGUUACAUUUUCCACAAACUGGCCACAAUCCUGCGAAAUACCUGGUGUGGCAGCUGCGUGCACUUGGACAAAUCCAAAACGGCACCAUAAUUGAAUUCCUGCAUCCGUUUGGUCCAUUACAAAUGUAUAGCUAGCAAUAUGUCUGAAGUCAUUGGUCAGUGCCAAAGGCCACCAAAGCUAUCAAGGAGGAGGGAUGGUAUGGGCAUGGUAAACCAGGCCCACCCCCAUCCCUACUUACCCUGUGGAGGUAGUUGCUUGGAAGGUGGAUGAGGAGUUGAAGUGAAAUGACCCGGGGGUUCCUCACCCUUUUGGUCUCGUCCCCCGGGUCAGCAGUGUCAGGCAAAGAAGGGGAGUAGGGACUGGGUUUACUGAGCUUGGUAUAUCUUUGUUUAGCAGAGACAGACUAAAUUGAGGCAAAAGGGUGAGGCAAUAACACUGCCCAUCUUGCUACCUUGCAAAUUGUCUUCCAUUAUGGGUGUUGGGGACUAUGUUCAGUACCUACUUUGCUGUUUGUGUACAUUGGCUUUCCUCUCUUAUCAGCCACACUGUAGCCAGGAAGAGAUGGAAACCAGGAAUUGGCGCUUACAGAGCAUUGUUUCUUGCGCCUUCAGCCUGGAGAUAAUGAUGUUCCAGCUUGACUAGGGAACUAUUAGAUGAUGCUGGACUCCAACUCCCAUCAUUCCUGAUCGUGGGCUGUGCUAGCUUGGGACUGAUGGAAGGUGAAGUCCAACAACAUCUGGAGGGGCACAGAUUCCUCACCCCAAUCCUGCUGUUAGAGCAGUCAUUUUGUUUAUUUUUUUUUAAAAAAGCCAUUCGAAUCUGCAAUCUCAUUUUGCAUUAGCAUUUGAGUCCAAUUAUUUUCUAUUUCUAAUAAAUUGCAAGAAACAAUGCCAGCUCGGGGAGGUUUGUUCAUUAUUUGGAGCUGUAGUGAUAUGUGUCUGGGGUAGCACCACUAAUGUUUUAUACCUUUUCCAGUUUUAGAAACCGGUCCCAUCGAGACUUUGUGAAAGGCUUAUCGUGGUCACCAUUAAACAAAGUCUCACUGACGACGGUUGGAUGGGACCAUCAGGUUCUACAUCAUACAGUCCCGACGCAGAAUAACCAUCCUUCUGGAAAAAACAACAUAACUUCAUAGAUCUGUGUGUUCCAUUUGGGGUCGUUCUCCCUGGAAUAGCAUCUUUUUUGCUUUCGGUUUUUUGUUUUUGUUUUGGUCAAGUCCUGGGGAUGAAUAUGGCCUUUGCAGCGAUGAAGAAAAGUCCUGUAGCAAUUUCAUGUUAGGUGAGCACUAGCUCAUUUCAACCACUGUUGCAGCCAGUGAGAUUCUUUGAGCAUCAGAAGUCUGAUUGAUGGUGACAGCACAGUACAAAAUCAUAAAGAAUUGGGUUCAUUUUGUUUUAGUUCUAUUUUUUUAGAACCUCCAAAGUUGUAGAGAAGUGUGUGUGUAGCCCUUUUUUGAAUGGGGAAUUAAUAUAACCUUGCAGGAAUUUCUAGGCUUUUGGGGGGAGCAGCCUUGCAUUGGGGAUUUAAUUAUGACUUUGAGAGACUGUGAGGUAAUCCUGCCAAAAGUGGUCUAAAUUGUCCCAUCUUGAGGAUGCAGUGUAUUGUGAUACGGAAUCUCAUCUGGGAUAAGGUUAUGUAGAUAUAGACAUGAAAGCAUGCUAUAUGUGUAGCCAGACAGUGGGUGAGAUGGGACUCAUGAGCCCCAUCAGUGGAGAGUUUGAACUAAGGCUUAGUUGUUAGGUUGUGUCCUUGGAAGCGGGGACAACAAAGCAUUCUUGUAGAACAUUGGUUUUGAACUGAGCUGCAGAGAAUUGUGUGCAAGAUUGGGAUGGGGUGGGUAUCACACCGCUCUUCAGCUCUUGAAGCCUGCGGAACUACUUGCUCCCAGCUCUCAGGUUACAUUAUGUAGAGCAAAGCAGAUAAGCUGAUAGGAAGCCAUUCCCCCCCCCUUCAGAAUUAGAAACUGACAACGUUGGUGUUUGCAAAUCUAUGUAGUUGUUAUGUGAAAUCCCAACUGUUGUUGUGCGUCUACAGCCAGUUUCCAAGCAGGAAGGCUCAUCUGUUGUACAUUUUGUUUUGUUUAAUGUAUUCACACCCAUGUCCCAUGGUGGAGUAGAAGAUGUAAGGUGCGCAUGCUGAUGUGACACAUCAUGGUUUUGUAAUGGGAGAACUGCUGGGAGGCAUCCCCUUGUCUUCCGUGAUUUUCUGGAGCAAAGGAAGACAAACUGCUUAUUUGAUGUUGGCAGCAAGCACUACUCCAGGACGAUUGUGACAUGAAAUGGAUAGAGAUGAUCGCAUGCAAAAGGGAAGGCAGUUUUUGAAAUAAAUCCCUUUUCAUUUUUAAAUGA